AAGACGGAGCAGGAGGGGAAAAAACCUCCGGAGCUGCCCCCGAACAGGAGGAGGAGUCUCGGCGCCAGGCCCAGGCGCGGCCCCGGAGGCAGCAUGGAGAACUCGCAGCUGUGCAAGCUGUUCAUCGGCGGGCUGAACGUGCAGACCACGGAGGCCGGGCUGCGGGAGCACUUCGCGGCCUACGGCACCCUCACCGACUGCGUGGUCGUGCUGAACCCGCAGACCAAGCGCUCCCGGUGCUUCGGCUUCGUCACUUACUCGGCGGUGGAGGAGGCGGACGCCGCCAUGGCCGCGUCCCCCCACGCGGUGGACGGGAACGCGGUGGAGCUGAAGCGGGCCGUGUCCCGGGAGGACUCGGCCAAGCCCGGCGCUCACGCCAAGGUGAAGAAGCUCUUCGUGGGCGGCCUCAAAGGGGACGUGGGCGAAGGGGACCUGGUGCAGCACUUCAGCCAGUUCGGCCCCGUGGAGAAGGCCGAGAUCAUCGCCGACAAACAGAGCGGGAAAAAGCGCGGCUUCGGUUUCGUCUACUUCCAGAACCACGACGCCGCCGAUAAGGCGGCCGUGGUCAAGUUCCACCCGAUCCAGGGCCACCGAGUGGAGGUCAAGAAGGCCGUGCCCAAGGAGGACAUCCAGGCGGGCGGGGGAGGCGGCGGCUCCUCCAGGCCCUCCCGGGGAGGCAGAGGAGGAAGGGGUCGGGGCGGCGGCGGCUCCGGCAACCGGGAUCACAACGGGCUGUCCAAAGGAGGUGGCGGCUACAACAGCUACGGCGGCUACGGCGGGGGAGGAGGCGGCGGGUACGGCUCCUAUGGCAGCGGUUCCUACGGAGGCGGCGGCGGAGGGGGAGGCGGAGACUACGGCAACGGGGUGCACUUCUGUGUGAAUGAGAGGAUGGGAAAGCUGAGCCCUGAAAAGCACACCACAAAAGUCGACUCUUCAAUGCUGAAACCUUUUUUGAAGGAAGAUUUUUGAAGAAGAUUUCUGAAGGAAGUUGAUGAAUAAUUUCAAGGAAGAGAUUAUGCAACUAAACAAGAGCUGCUAAAGAUAGGAAUUUCUUGAUAUAGGUCUCUGGAGCCUGAACAUUGGUAUAUACCUGGAAACAGGUUUGUGCAGGGGAGUAAAGUGUUCCUGAAUUGUUGUUUGUACUGUAUUCAGGCUGGGUGAUCCAGUGAUUCACAACUCCUGCAGUUUGCCUUGCAGAACUAGAAAGAAUUUUUCCCAAUUUGAUGCCAUUUGCUUUCUGCUGGGUUUUUGGGAGGUGAAGAGUGGCCUUUCAGGCUUCUGCAGAGACUGUGGAGAUUGACAAGGUGCUGUCUGAUUGUAUUGGGGCUCUUCACAGAAUUAAAUUCUUGUAAGCACUCGGUGUCUUUUCCUUAUAACCUCAGCAUUAAACCAGCUGCUGGAUUUUGGGCCAGGAGAGAGUUUUGGAUCAGAUUGGUAGGGGUUGUUUUUAUUCCCUCCCUUUGUGCCACUUUUAUUGAAGAAAUUCCUUGCUGCAGUGGAGACACUGGCAAUGCUUUUCUCUCCCAUCUCCCUGUGGUUCCUUGGAAUUGGGGGCUUUGGUCUUUCACUGUAGAUCUGAUGGUUGUC